GGUUUUCAUUGGCUUAUGCGGCCCCGCCCGCGCUGCCGGAGGCAGAGGGGCCACCGCCCGCGCGCGAGUUGCGCGUGCGCAGGGAGAGUGAGCGUGGUGUGGAUAGCCGCGGUACGCCGUGCGCCUCCGCGACUCUACUACGGCAAGCUAGUCCGGACGGGUCGCCGUCCCCGCGCGCCACGGGCCCUUGACAAACCGACAGGGAACGUCCGGCUUUCCCAGCAACGCCUUGCGAUACUAGAGCAGCACAGCAAAGCAAGCCUCGGGCGGAGGGGGCGGAGCCUCGGGCGGCCCCGCCUUCGCGGAAGGAUACGCACCUCCGUAGUCCAAAACCCCGGGGCGAGGCGGCCGGGGCGUGUGAGCCGCUCGGCCAGCUGCCGUCUACGCGCUUUCGCGCGGCCACCGGGCAACUGCGCCGCGCGGCCGCCUCGCUGAGCGCUCGGCCUCGGGGCCGCAGGAUCCGCCGCGCUGUCUGCGGUCGGGAAGACCGCCCUCCCGCGUCCGUGCCGGACGGGUCAGAGGCGGCACCGCACGCGAGGCCACCCGCGAUGCUGCUGUCUAAGUUCGGCUCCCUGGCGCACCUUUGCGGGCCUGGCGGCGUGGACCACCUCCCGGUGAAAAUCCUGCAGCCAGCCAAGGCGGACAAGGAGAGCUUCGAGAAGGUGUACCAGGUGGGCGCCGUGCUGGGCAGCGGGGGCUUCGGCACAGUCUACGCGGGCAGCCGCAUAGCCGACGGACUCCCGGUGGCCGUGAAGCACGUGGUGAAGGAGCGGGUGACCGAGUGGGGCAGCCUCGGCGGAGUGGCCGUGCCCCUGGAGGUGGUGCUGCUGCGCAAGGUGGGCGCGGCGGGCGGCGCGCGCGGCGUCAUCCGCCUGCUGGACUGGUUCGAGCGGCCCGACGGCUUCCUGCUGGUUCUGGAGCGGCCGGAACCGGCACAGGACCUCUUCGACUUCAUCACGGAGCGCGGCGCCCUGGACGAGCCCCUGGCGCGCCGCUUCUUCGCGCAGGUGCUUGCCGCUGUGCGGCACUGCCACGGUUGCGGGGUUGUGCACCGAGACAUCAAGGACGAGAACCUGCUAGUGGACCUGCGCUCGGGCGAGCUGAAGCUCAUCGACUUCGGCUCGGGCGCGCUGCUCAAGGACACUGUCUACACUGACUUUGACGGCACUCGUGUGUACAGCCCCCCAGAGUGGAUCCGCUAUCACCGCUAUCACGGACGCUCUGCCACUGUGUGGUCUCUGGGUGUACUGCUCUACGACAUGGUGUGUGGGGACAUUCCCUUCGAGCAGGACGAGGAAAUCUUGCGUGGCAGGCUGUUUUUCCGAAGGAGGGUCUCCCCAGAGUGCCAGCAGCUCAUUGAGUGGUGUCUCUCCCUGCGGCCCUCAGAGAGGCCCUCACUGGACCAAAUUGCUGCCCACCCCUGGAUGCUGGGGACAGAGGGCAGCGUUCCAGAAAACUGUGACCUUCGGCUCUGUGCUCUGGACACUGACGAUGGAGCCAGCACCACUUCCAGCAGUGAGAGCUUGUGAGGAGGAGGAGGAGGAGCCUGAACUCCACACUGGGGGCCUGGGCUCAGCCUAGCCAGCCCCCUCCCAGAAUGAACAUUCUCUGCCUGGGAUGUCUCCUGCAAAAGCAGUGACCUCUGACCCCUGGUGACCUUUGCUCUCGGCACCGGGCCUGUUUCCUUUGCUUUGAGUGCCUUUUUGAACGCUGCUCCACAGGGCCUGGGUUUUCUUGAGCUCUUCUGUCCAAAGAUGGCUGCGGGCUAAGCAAGGUCCCGCCUGCCUUGGGUGGAUACUUGAACCAGAGACCCCUACCCUGCUGCUGCAUCUUGGAGGCAGCCUUCCUGACCAACUGUGUCUGACAUGGAGCACCUCUGUGGUGCCCACCUCCCACCCUCCAGUCUCAUGGUGUUCGUCUGGGCAUGUCUGCACAAAGCAAUGCAACGGCUGGGCCACUGGUGCCCAUCUGCCACCCCAGGCACGCAACUUAGGCGUGCCAGGGUCUCUUAUUUAUGGUGUGACCACCCUGGAGGGCGCCCCUGCCCUGCUGGGGCUAUUUAUUGUUUAAUUUAUUUGCUGAGGUUACUUCCUCCAAACAGCCACCUCCUCCAGGCCCCUGGGGUAUACAGGACAGUCAAGGGUGGCUGUGCAGUCCACAGAACCCAUCCUUCCUGCACCUGGAGUAGGUCCCCAGCCCACAAGUCUGUGGGAGGAAGAACUUGUACAGUGGCUAAUUUAAGGGACGUGGGGGACCCUGCCACCCUGGGCAUCUUUGCGCUGGGGGGUGGGUUUUAAAUUAUUGACCUUGUACAGUCUGCUUGCUGGCUCUGAAAGCUGGGGUGGGGGACAGAGUCUCAAGCCCUUAAUUUAUUUUAGCAGCUGUGUUUUUGUGACCCUGGUGUAAGUAGGCAUCAGGGAUGGGGGUUGUUUAAGUUCAAAAUGUGUCUGGAAAUCAUAUUUUUUAUACAGGUAUUUCAAUUAAAUGUUUUGGUAUAUAAUG